AUGAUUAAGUCAGCUGAUCCAAGAAAAAGAAACACGAGGCAUAUUCUCACCCCGGCAAACCUAUCAGCAGCUAUUCACUUUACGGGUUUACCUAAUGAUUGGACUCAAGAUACAAUAUCAUCUGUAGUAGCUGGUUCUGGACCAAUUGUAUCUGUUCAAUCAAAGAAAGAUCCUCGGACUGGGAAACUAACAGGGAUUGUUGUAGAAUACACAGACAGUAAAACAUGCCAACAUGGCUUUGAAUUACUGAACAAAAUCAAACACUUGCCAUUAAAAAUGGAAAUGAUAAUACCGAGCAAAUAUAAGGAUACAUUCUUAAAUGGCGUAAAGAGGCCAAUCUUAGACCUUCAAAGAGAUUCUUAUCCAUGGGAUUCCAAUUUAGAAUUACCUUUUGAAAUGGUUACUCAAAUACCUAUUCCGAGAAAACCCAUUUCUCAACCAGCUCAACCAUCAUCGUCUACUCCUAGUUCUCAAAUUCCAGCAGGUAACAACACAUCUGGAUCAGCUUCUAUACCUGACAUUUUAGGUAAAGCAUCAAAACAUUUGCCAGCUUUCCAACCAAAUAUAAUAACAUCCCCGGAUCAAAUUUCUCAAAAUUUAAGUAAAAUACCACCAUUACAAGUCAUCGAAAUCAUCUCGAAUUUAAAAAUUCUUGCAAGCCAACAAGGUAGCAAUACUCGCUCUCAAUUAGAAGAGUUUUUAAAAACAAAUAGAGAGUUGAUUGUUACUUUGUCCCAAGCUUUAUUAGAAAUGGGUUUUAUAGAUUAUAGCAUAGUUACACAAGUGUUAUCUAGAUUUCCAUCUCAGCAACUUCAAUCACCUCAAACUAUGAAUGCUGGACUGAACAUGCCAAAUCAAAUGAACAGAGGUAUGAAUAUGUUGAUGAAUCCAAUGGCUCAACAAAUGAACAUGCAAAUGAAUCCACAAAUGAAUAUGAACGUGAAUAUGGGUAUGAAUGUAAAUCCUAUGUCUGUACCCCCCCCUCCUCCAAUGAACAUGAACAUGAAUAUGAACAUACCGCCACCUUUCAUGAUGAAUCAAGGACAAAAUAUGAACCAACAGCCAUUUGGAUUUAAUCAAUCUGCUAUGCCUCCACCUCCUUCCUUUCGACCAACUCAGUCCCAACCUCAACUCCAACCUAAACCUCAGCAAGCUGUUAGCAGCAACCCUAACAUUAAUCUAACUAAAUUGCAGUCUCUUCCUCAAGCACAACAAGAUAUGAUUAAACAAGUAUUGACUUUAACAGAUAGCCAAAUAGGCUCCCUACCACCAGAUCAAAAGACAAUGGUUGCAAACCUACGUAAAGAGUAUCUACUCUAA